UCGGCCGCCGUGGCGGGCACACCGUGACGUCAUGUGAAGUGUCUAGUGAGGGUUUUCAUUUACUCCGAGUGUUGUGUUAUUAGUUACUGCUGAUAAAACUGUACAGGAAAUUGUCCACCAUUACCAUGGACACACGGAAAACAACAAAAUAGGUUGCCAGUGAUGGGGGGCUGUUAGCGGCAUGGUAGCGGACACCGAGGUGCCGCACCUGCUGCUAGCGCUGGCCUGCUGCGUGGCGAGCGUGAUGGCGGGAUCCUGCCCUGCGGUAUGUGAGUGCAAGUGGAAGAACGGGAAGGAAGCGGUGCUAUGUCUCAACGGCAACCUCUCCACCAUCCCUGUCUCGCUGGACACUGGCACCCAAGUGUUGGAUCUCACGGGGAACAACCUUUCCGAAAUAGGUAGAGACGCCUUCAGCAAAGCAGAACUCCUCAACUUACAGAAAAUAUUCGUGGCCAAAUGUAGAAUUAAGACUUUGGACAGAUACGCUUUUAGAAAGUUAAAGAAUUUAGUUGAGUUGGAUUUGAGUUAUAAUGUAUUAGUGGCAGUUCCUUCGCACGUUUUCGAUUCGAUAGGGGAAUUGAGAGAAUUGAAACUCAGUGGCAAUCCUAUUAUAAGGAUUCUUAAUGACGCUUUCAAUCACAUUCCUCAAUUAGUGCGGUUAGAAAUGUCAGACUGCAGACUAGUAACUGUUGAACCUCGUGCCUUCAGUGGGCUUGAUGGUACUCUCGAGUGGUUGAAACUAGACAAAAACAAACUGGGAAAUGUCAAGUCCUCGACUUUAACCUCUUUACAGAACCUGCACGGUCUGGAACUCUCGGGUAACCCAUGGAAUUGUUCCUGUGGCCUUAGGGAGCUCAGAGAAUGGAUGUUACGACACAACAUCCCCUCUAGCCUCCCUCCUAUGUGUCGCUCACCGAAGCGUCUACAAGGAAAGUCAUGGGAUAGAUUGAGCCUCGACGACUUCGCGUGUACCCCCACUAUCUCAUCCGUCUCCGAGAAGUUCAAAGGUACAGAGGGAGGAAACGUCACUUUGUCCUGUGCUAUCUCUGGAAUUCCGGACCCGGUCGUAAGAUGGUACUGGAAGAGUCGUAUUCUACCUAACGUUUCGUCCGGGGUGACGAACAGUGCCAAAAGACCUUAUGUGAUUACAGUGAUGAACAAAAUAACCAGGUUAACGGUACUCAACUUAGAUCUCCAAGAUGCCGGAGUGUAUCUGUGCUCUGCGGAAAACAAUGCGGGCAAGGUUGAAAGUAACGUUACACUAGAAGUUGCCAGAAGGAUUAAAAGCGCAGGGCUCCCUUGGCACAUACUUUUAGCCAGUAUUAUUGUCGCCAUCCUCUUUGUAGCUGCAUCUUGUCUAAUGGUUGUAUGCAUUUGCUCCGCCCGCCAGAAACACGGGAUGCCUAUGACUAGGAAAGAGAGCUACGAGAAGAUGGAACUGAACCAUAAGAAUCCCCAACAGCCUAUGAACCACACGGCAGCCAACCACUACACAGAGGUGGCGGUCGUGGUUCCUAGCAAGCAGCAUCCCAGACACAGCGAGUACCAUGGGGUGCCGGCCGACGAUGGGGACGGCGACGACGAGGAUGACACGCCAAGCACGAUCGUGUCGGACGCUAAGGAAAAUGUCGUAGAAUUCUCGAGAGGACAUUCCCGAGCAGCCAGGAACCUCUACGGAGACGCUCCGGUUCAACAUCACGUGCUCAGGAAAGAAAUUCUCCCUACAGGAAGUCUCUACACGACGGCUACCUCGGAUGAUAGAAACUAUCCUGACUUGCUUGAGACAUCUCCUCAACCAGACCAUAACCACUUCUUCAGCACUUUGCCUAGGACACGAUCCACAAGACAGCCUGCAGUGUCAGAGAGUCAGAGUCCACUACUGACAGACAGCAGGUACGGCAGUAGUGGCGGAGACAGUGGUGGCUCUAGGAGAUUAUCCUCGGAGUCAAGGUCUUCAUCAUAUUACAGGUUAUCUUCGGUAGGUGAGCAGCGUUCUAGUAGCUCGCUGAACUUAUCUCAGGGACCAGCUGGGCGCGCACCUUGGAGACAUCCCAGCCUACCGACCUCCCCCGUGAGGGAACUGCCACGUCCUGUCGGUCCCGUCACCGAGACUCCCAUCCUUGACCUGCUGGACCAGCGGGCGGAGUACUCACCCAGCGCGCUAGCAGCCACUACCUACGACUACCAUGCGGCUCAACUGGAGCGGUUCCUGGAGGAGUACCGCAGCCUGCAGGAACAGCUCAGUAAGAUGAAGCAGACCUGUGAGAGCAUACGACCCGAGGCAGAAGAGCCCCCAAAGUCCAUCCUCAAGAACAAGACCAACCACUCGUCCCCGGAGUCGAGCGACCCUUACUGGGUACCCCGCAACACGCUGUAUAACAGCGGCAGAGGAGCUGACUACUUUCCCAGCUGAGAGUCGGUUAUAGACUAAAAAGUCUGGCUAUGAAAGACUGAAAUUUGAACCCUUGCUUCUCGAGAAAAUAAUGCGGUUAUAAUUCAAACUCUCAGUGAAGUAAAUCACAGGUUAACAGGUCCUUUCUAAACAUAACUCAAAUUCCUUUUGACCCACUCACUUCUAAAUUCAAAAACUUACACAUCAGCUCUUAGAUUAUAUAUUUCAAAUAAAUUAACACUCUACCAAUAUUUUAAGCUUCUUUUAUUUGUUUAUAUUGAACGGUUAAACCUUUCCUUAAUAAAUUAUUUUAACAUACAAAAUAAGUAAAAGCAAUGUUAACAUAUUGAAGUAAUACAAUUUUUAUUGAAUAACGAAGUAGUAGUGUGGAAACACGUCUACAUUAAAUCCAUAAGUCCGUUUGUAAAAUGGGUUAUUAGUCCUUUAUAUAAACCUGAUAAUUUGUUCUAAGAAUCAUACACAGUAAUUUACUAUUACAUCUUCUUUGUGGUUAUGCAUUAACAAAGUUAAAAAUUUGUGAUUUAAUAAAAUCUCAAUUAUUAACUUAUUUGAUCUUAUAAUAUUGUAAAGUUUAACAAUUCUCAGGUUUUUCAGAUAACUAUAACUACGAUAAGUGAGCUAUGAUGAUUUCUGAUGGAAAGUUUCACAAAACUUAAAUGAUGAAUAUAGAAUAUGCUAUUAAGAUAGUGUAACUACUGAAAUGUUAUUAAAUUCAAAAAUUUUAUAACAAUGUUUGUGGGUUAUUUCAGUAAAGUAAAGUUGUAGAGGCUGUGAGUGGUUUUUAUUAUUGAAAAAGAGAAUAUUUAUACUAUGUUAAGUAAAUAUGUAUGUGCAAAUAUAUACGCUCAUGUACAAGAUGGUUUUGUACUUUGUUCCAUAAAUAUGUAUGUAAAAUAAAUAUAUGUAACAAACAUA